AUGAAGGCUCUGGGCUUGAAGGAUGCGAUCGCUGGCGCCGAUGAGAAGGCCUGCGGGGGCGGAUCCUCGCCCUUCUCCCCCAUCGGCCAGGUCGGAGCUUCCAUCAUGACGCUACGCAAGACCAUGCACGACCUCAGGAUGCUCGAGAAGCCCAUCGACAAGUACAUGUUCCUGCGCGCGCUGUACGAGCGCUCCCCGGAGCUCCACUUCCAGCUCCUGAUGACGAACACCGAAGAGACGCUACCCUUCAUCUACACCCCCACCGUGGGCGAGGCGUGCCAGCGCUACGGCGAGCUGGGCAUCCAGACGCGCGGCUGCUACAUCACGCCCGCGGACCGCGGCAACAUGGCCGCCAAGCUCGCCCCGUGGACGUCCCAGAACAUCCGCGUGAUCGUCGUCACGGACGGAGAGCGCAUUCUCGGCCUCGGGGACCUCGGCGCGGGCGGCAUGGGCAUCUCCGAGGGCAAGAUCCUGCUGUACACCGCGGCGGCGUGCGUGAACCCGAACCGGUGCCUGCCCGUCUGCCUGGACGUGGGCACCAACAACGAGGCGCUGCGCAGCGACCCGACGUACCAGGGCGUGCGCGAGCCGCGGCUGCGCGGGGAGGAGUACGACAGCUUCGUGCGCGAGUUCAUGGAGACGGUCAAGGACUGGGCGCCGCACUGCCUCAUCCAGUUUGAGGACUUCGGCAACCAGAACGCCUUCCGCAUCCUCGAGAUGUUCCAGCCGGACUACUGCUGCUUCAACGACGACAUCCAGGGCACGGCCUGCAUCGCGCUCGCGGGCUUCCUCGCCGCCCUCCGCGCCUCGGGCGGCCGCCUCGCCGACCAGCGCGUGCUCUUCCUGGGCGCGGGCGAGGCCGGCACCGGCAUCGGGGAGCUCAUCGCGCAGGAGGUCGCCCGCCAGACGGGCGCGGCCGUCGAGGACGCGCGCCGCGCGUGCUUCUUCCUCGACUCGCGCGGCCUGGUCUGCAAGGACCGCCCCGGGAAGCUGCAGCACCACAAGGUGCCCUUCGCCCACGACGUGCCGUUCCUGCCGGACCUGCUGUCCGCCGUGGAGGAGCUGCGGCCGACCGCGCUCGUCGGCGUGUCGGCGCAGGCGCGCACGUUCACCGAGGCCGUCGUCCGCAAAAUGGCCGAACUGAACGAGCGGCCCAUCAUCUUCCCGCUCUCCAACCCCACGCACCUGGCGGAGUGCACGUUCGCGGAGGCGAUGGAGUGGACCGACGGGCGCGUCGUCUUCGCGUCCGGCUCGCCGUUCGCGCCGCUCGAGCGCGACGGCAGGGAGUUUUACCCUGCGCAGGCCAACAACGCGUACGUGUUCCCGGCGGUGGGGCACGCGGCGGUGCUGACGCGCGCGACGAACAUUCCGCCGGACGCGUUCCUGAUCGCGGCGGAGACGCUGAGCGGGAUGUCGGAUGCGGAGGACAUCGAGGCCGGGUCGUUGUUCCCGCGGUUCACUGAGAUCAAGGACGUGAGCGUGGAGAUCAUGGCGGCGGUGGCGGCGUGGCUGGUGGAGCAGGGCGUGGGCUCGGAGCCGGAGCGGUUCGGUGGGGACUGGAAGGAGGAGGCGCGGAGGGCGAUGUGGACGGCGCCGGGCGCGCUGGGCACGCCGAGCAUGCGCCUGAUGCACAUGCACUCGCUCAACCACUCGACGCUGCACGACAGCGACUGCGACCUGCACUCGGUGUCGCGGCGCGACAUGAUGGCGCUCGCGGGCACCGUGAUGGACAUGAUCGAGCACGGCGCGCUCGAGACGGCGUGA